AUGGCUCAGUGUGAUGCAGACCCUGUAUAUUUGGAUACUUAUGAUGGCUUUAGUGAUAGCGACAGCGAACUUGAUUAUGCGACGAGUUUUGGCAAGCCCUUAUCAAGGGAGCGCGUAAAAAGCCUGGAUCCAGGCUACUAUUAUAUUAACAACGGCCAUAUUGCACCUGUCUAUGACACGGGUCGAACAAGUUCGGAAGGUUAUAGUCUUCGAUUCGCGCCAGUCCAACUCUACACAUGGACCUGUCUACUACUCGGCAUCAUCGCCAGCCAAAUUGUGCACAGCAGCGCCAAGCCCGCAACUUUGGAACUGGAUAGCAUUGAUGACUACGGCCCCACCUACGGCAAACCAUUGACGAAGAGCUAUCUAAGAAGCUUGGACACAGGCUACUAUUAUGUGGAUGGUGGCUAUAUAUCGCCUGUCUACGACAGUAGCGCAUCGGGCCGGAGGAAUUUGAAGAUCUACGGAAGCUCCCCCGGAUAUGUGCGCUUUGAACCUCUUGUGGGCUACAGACAGACGCAUGCCAAGCGCAAGAAGCUGUUUGUGCCCAAUCUUUUCGGCUAG